AUGUCCGGCCUCAGCUCCCCCGAGGUCGCCGCCGCCUACGACGCCGUCCGUUCCGACAAGGACGACAUCACCUGGCUCCUCGUCGCGAACCCGUCGCCGACCUCGAAAGACCUCACCCUCACCAAGACGGGCACCGGCGACGUCACGGCCCUCGCCGCCGAGCUGCAGGACGACCAGGUGCAGUACGGCUACGUGCGCGUCGAGUAUGCCAACGACUCGGAGAACACCCGCGUCAAAUUCGCCCUCAUCGUCUGGAUCGGCGAGAACACAAAGGUCAUGCGGAAAGCCCGCGUCAGCAUCGAGGCCGGCGAGGUCCGUCGCGUCCUGGCGCACCACAGCAUCCAGGUCAACGCGAGCGACAAGAGCGAUCUCGACCUGCAAGACAUUGUCAAGAGGUUGCGCAAGGCGGGCGGUGCCGAUUACAACGGAGGGCGGGGUUGA